AUGGAGGCCAAACUCUACGCCCCCGCCACGGCGCCCCUCACCUCUUCCGAGAAGCUCGUCACUCUUGAGCUUCAAGAUGGUGUGGUCUACCAAGGCUACAGCUUUGGUGCCCCCAAGAGCAUUGCCGGUGAACUGGUGUUCCAGACCGGCAUGGUUGGAUAUCCCGAGUCGGUGACAGACCCAUCCUACCGCGGCCAGAUUCUGGUCAUCACAUUCCCGCUGGUCGGCAACUACGGCGUCCCCUCGAGGGAAACAAUGUGCGAGCUUCUGAAGGAUCUUCCUGCCCACUUCGAAAGCCAUCAGAUUCACAUCGCCGGUCUCGUCGUAGCCACCUAUGCUGGCGAAGACUACUCCCACUACCUCGCCACAUCCUCAUUGGGCGCAUGGCUCAAGGAGGAGGGCAUCCCCGCCAUGUAUGGCGUUGACACCAGAGCGCUCACAAAGCGCAUUCGUGAGGAGGGUAGCAUGCUCGGUCGCAUGCUGUUGCAAAACGACAGCCUCGCCGACCUGGCGGCUCUUAACAAGGCCGGCCAGGACUGGAGGCCAUAUUUCGAGCAACUCGAAUGGGUUGAUCCCAACAAGAAGAAUCUCGUAGCGGAGGUGUCCAUCAAGAAGCCCAAGCUCUACAGCCCCCCAUCGGCUUCGGCCCUCAAGCACUCUACCGGCCGGCCGAUUCGUAUCCUCUGUCUCGACGUCGGUAUGAAGUACAACCAGCUCAGAUGCUUCCUCAAGCGUGGCGUUGAGGUUCUCGUUUGCCCUUGGGACUACGAUUUCUCCAAGGAGGAGUACGAUGGUCUCUUCAUCUCCAACGGUCCUGGUGAUCCCGCUGUGAUGAAGGAUACUGUGAAGCACAUCUCUGCCGCCCUUGCUGAGAACAAAACGCCCAUCUUUGGUAUCUGCUUGGGACACCAGCUUCUUGCCCGCGCUUCUGGUGCGCAGACAGUCAAGCUGAAGUUCGGUAACCGCGGUCACAACAUCCCCUGCACGAGCAUGGUGACUGGCAAAUGCCACAUCACUUCCCAGAACCACGGUUAUGCCGUUGACGCUGCUACCCUUCCCACUGGCUGGCAGGAGCUCUUCGUGAACGCCAACGACGGCAGCAACGAGGGUAUCAUGCACGUCGACAAGCCCCACUUCAGUGUUCAGUUCCAUCCCGAGAGCACCCCCGGCCCUCGCGACACCGAGUUCCUCUUUGAUGUCUUCAUUCAGACCGUCGUCAAGGCGUCCGAGGACAACAGUGUGCUUCAGAAGCCUGUCCACUUUCCCGGCGGUACUGUCGAGGAGAACAACAAGCUGCACCCCCGUGUGUCGGUCAAGAAGGUUCUUGUUCUUGGCAGUGGUGGUCUCAGCAUUGGCCAGGCUGGCGAGUUCGACUACUCUGGCAGUCAGGCUAUCAAGGCGUUGAAGGAGGAGGGCAUCUACACCGUCCUCAUCAACCCCAACAUUGCCACCAUUCAGACCUCCAAGGGUCUUGCGGACAAGGUCUACUUCCUUCCCGUCAAUGCUGAGUUUGUUCGCAAGGUCAUCAUUCACGAGAAGCCUGAUGCCAUCUACUGCACUUUCGGUGGCCAGACUGCUUUGUCGGUUGGUAUCCAGCUCAAGGAUGAGUUUGAGUCUCUUGGUGUCAAGGUUCUCGGUACCCCCAUCGACACCAUCAUCACCACUGAGGAUCGUGAGCUCUUUGCCCGCAGCAUGGACUCCAUCGGCGAGAAGUGCGCCAAGUCUGCCUCAGCCAACAACCUCGAGGAGGCUAUGCACGUCGUCAAGGACAUUGGCUUCCCCGUCAUUGUUCGUGCGGCCUACGCCCUUGGUGGCCUUGGCAGUGGUUUUGCCAACAACGAAGAUGAGCUUCGUGAGCUGUGCAGCAAGGCCUUUGCUGCCAGUCCUCAGGUUCUCAUCGAGCGCAGCAUGAAGGGCUGGAAGGAGGUUGAGUACGAAGUCGUCAGAGAUUGCCAGGACAACUGCAUCACUGUCUGCAACAUGGAGAACUUUGAUCCCCUUGGUAUCCACACCGGUGAUUCCAUCGUUGUGGCUCCUUCUCAGACCCUCUCGGACGAGGACUACAACAUGCUUCGCACCACCGCUGUCAACGUCAUUCGCCACCUUGGUGUUGUGGGCGAGUGCAACAUUCAAUACGCCCUGAACCCCUUCUCCAAGGAGUACUGCAUCAUUGAAGUCAACGCCAGACUGUCGAGAUCCUCUGCUCUCGCCUCCAAGGCUACCGGCUACCCCCUUGCCUUCAUUGCUGCGAAGUUGGGUCUUGGCAUCCCUCUCAAGGACAUCAAGAACUCGGUCACCAAGGUCACCUGUGCCUGCUUCGAGCCUUCUCUUGACUAUGUCGUGGUCAAGAUGCCUCGUUGGGACUUGAAGAAGUUCAACCGUGUUUCCUCCCAGCUCGGCUCUUCCAUGAAGAGUGUUGGUGAGGUCAUGAGCAUUGGUAGAACAUUCGAAGAAGCGAUCCAGAAGGCCAUUCGCUCUAUUGACUUCCACAACUUGGGUUUCAACAAGACCGAGAGCGCUUUGAUCUCGCUGGAUGACGAGUUGCAGACCCCCUCUGACCAGCGUCUGUUUGCCAUUGCCAAUGCCAUGUACAAUGGCUACUCGGUGAAGCGCAUCUGGGAGCUAACCCAGAUCGACAAGUGGUUCCUCGACCGUCUUAUGGGCUUGAUUGACUAUGCCAAGCACAUGGAAGGUCUGAAGGGCCAGUCUCUCAACGCCAACACCCUGCUUCGCGCCAAGCAGCUCGGCUUCUCUGAUCGCCAGAUUGCCAACUUUGUCGGUUCUUCUGAACUGCUGGUCCGUGAUGUGCGCACCAAGGCCGGAAUCACCCCAUUCGUGAAGCAGAUCGACACUGUCGCCGCCGAGUUCCCCGCCUACACCAACUACCUCUACACCACCUACAAUGCCAGCGAGCAUGACAUCGCCUUCAACGACCGCGGCGUCAUGGUCCUUGGCUCUGGUGUUUACCGUAUUGGCUCCUCAGUCGAGUUCGACUGGUGCUCAGUGAGAGCUAUCCGCACAUUGAUGGAGUCGGGUAUCAAGACAAUCAUGAUGAAUUGUAAGUUUACACUUUCGUUUCUCUCUCUCCUUUCCCAUAUGUUUUGA